AUGUCAGUAAUUGUUGGCCAAGCUUACGACCAUCUUCUGAAAAGGCAGAUCAGCCAAAACGCUGACAUGGGUGGAUGGAGUUGCUUGCAAUCUCUUUGUGAAACCAAAGGCAUUGUCCCAAACAGAGAAGACCACACAAAGACAACAGCUUACGUCCACCCAGUUGAUCAGAAGCUGUCCGUAGCUAAACUGAGUCUUGAGAUGUGCACAGAGAGUCUCGGGACCGAGAGUGGGAGUGAAACUGGAGACGCGUUCUCGUUGCUUGCGAUGGAAGCAACCAAUAUACCAAUGCUUCCUCUUGACGUGAACCCUCGAGAAGAAACUUACCCUAAAGUACGUGAAAACAGUUUUCCACCGCCGUUAAAAUCCGUGAAGGGUUUUGACCAUAGCCGUAUUGUGAAGUCGUAUACAGAAGAUGGCCGUCUUGUAGUUCAAGCAAUUAGGGUUUUUUCACCACCUCGUUGCUUUGUAUCUGAACGUUGUGAAGGAAGGCUUCGUCUUUGUUUGUCGGAGAGUUCUUCUGUGAGCCACGAUGGAGAUGAAGAGCUUGAAGAAAAUGAAUCUGAAUUCGAAAUGCGUGACGAAGGUGAAGAUGAAGAGAACGGACAAGAAGACGACGCAGAUGAAGAAGUAGAAGAGGAGGAAGAGGGUAAAAGUGGAAAUAACAAAUUUAGAAGGCCAAGAAUGAGAUGCAGUGAAAAUGGAUGUGAGCCUAAAACCUGGAAGCAGCAACAAUUUUGGGUGACUACAUGA